AUGAUUCCAGUCAGUGUCAUCUAUGUCAAGCAGAGAGAAGUGCUCCAUGGGGGUUAUCAGCCUGCAAUCGCCACCCCACUCCAGACUCUGGGCCAGCUGGUCCCAGGGGAGCAGUUCCCCUUCCGGGAGCGACAGCAGCAGCUCUCCCACCCUCCUCACCUCAACACAGCAUCACAGGCCUGGAAGAACCACACUGUGAAGCCUCUGAAAAACCUGAAGAACCUGAAGAGUUUGGACCUGUACAGCUGUGAGAUCACUACUCUGGAGGACUACAGGGAGAGUGUCUUUGAGCUGCUGCCCCAGGUCAACUUCCUGGACGGCUAUGACCACGAAGACAACGAGGUGCCAGACUCAGAGGCUGACGAUGAUGACAAUGAGGGGCUAGACUCAGAGGCUGAUGAUGAUGACGAGCACACAGCCGGCCCCACCAGAGAUGGGGACGAUGACGAAGAUGAUGAGGGUUCCGAGGGCGAAGAGGUGGGACUGUCGUACCUGAUGAAGGAUGGCAUUCAGGAUGAGGAAGAUGAUGAUGACUAUGUUGAAGAGGAGGAGGAAGAGGAUGGAGUAGGAGUCCAGGGAGAGAAACGGAAGAGGGAUGCAGAGGACGAGGGAGAUGACAGCGAUGGAGAUGACGACUAGCCCCUCCUGUAACAGAGCAUGGGAUCACAACUAGGCUAGAACAACAGGAACAGGAAAUCGUUUUUUUUUUUUUUUUUUUGUAUACCAUAGAUAUUACUGUAGAAUCUAAGUGUUUAAUUUGUUUUGUACAUGUUCCAUACAAAAAAGAUAGCGGUUUAGAAUUAUAAAAUGGAAGUCGCUCUGGAUAAGAGCGUCUGCUAA